UUCUACUGUAUAUGUACCUGAUUGUAUUUUUCAACAAUAAGUGAUCUUGACUUACUCCAGAUUCCUUGUGAGAGUUACUUUGAAAGCUGUUCUUUCUGAGGAUCGUCUGAUAUACAGCUGGAAGGCGUGGCACUGUCUUGGCUCCCAAGUUUUAAAAGGAGGUCUGAACAAAGUCGCGAAACACAAAGACACAGCGAACAGAAGAGUUCUUCCUCCAGUCUGCAUCGUCUCAUUUUGUCUGCUGUUCAACUGAGAUGCCUGUCACAACGCGAUCAAUCAGAGGAUCUGGUGUGGGUCGGUUUCCAGCUGUGACUCUCGGAUUUGGGGAAGACACAGAGGAAGAGAAGGAAGUGCCAGAGGAAAGCAAUUCUGUGAAAGAAAAUGCAUGUCGGAGGUGGCUGCGUAAGGUUUGCCCGUGCUGCUGUCCCAAGCCAAAUGAGGAUGACAUUACGAACACUUUGGUCACGGGGACUGAUGAUAAAGAGGACGGGAAAAAUGGCGAGAAGCCUGAGACUGGUGACAGCGAGCUUGAUGAACUCCUCCUUAAAGUGCGAUCAAUAGACCUGAUGAAAAGCAAAUCAGGGGGGAACCGCACAGAGCACCACACAAACCUCUACCAAAGGGAUGACUUUGUUAUUCGCAGAGGACAAACUUUCCAGAUGUGGAUUACCCUGUCUCGACCCUUUAACCCCAGCACUGACAAACUUCACCUACAACUUAAAACAGGGCCACUGCCAUCAGUGUCAAAGGGAACCCUUGUAACCAUCCCUUUGGUGGAGGAGUUGGAGGACGGUCGUUGGGAGGCUGCUGUUGUGAGACAGGAUGACAAAAGGAUAAUGCUCUCAGUGAAUUCUCCCCCCACGGCGGCCAUUGGCCGAUAUCAACUCACAGUGGAAACACAUUGCGCAAACGGCCAGGCUGUUUCCAACCAUGACCCAGCCAAUGACAUCUACCUGUUGUUCAACCCCUGGUGUGAAGAUGACGCAGUGUUCAUGGAUUCUGAGGUCGAAAGGCAGGAAUAUGUCCUGAAUGAUAUCGGACGAGCCUACUACGGUACAGAGAAUCAAAUUGGAGAGCGGACAUGGAACUAUGGACAGUUUGAUGAUGGGAUUCUUGCUGCUUGUGUCUUUGUCCUGGAAAAGAGUGGAACUCCCCCGUCUGGUUGGGGAGAACCGGUUAAUGUGGUGCGAGUCAUCUCAGCCAUGAUCAAUUCACCUGAUGACGGUGGUGUCUUGGAGGGAAACUGGUCAGGAGACUAUUCAGCUGGAACUAGUCCAACAGCUUGGAGUGGGAGUGUGGAAAUCUUGAAACAGUACCAUAAAAACAGCGGGAGCCCUGUUAAGUAUGGCCAGUGCUGGGUCUUUGCUUGCGUAGUCACUACAGUUUUACGGUGUUUAGGCAUUCCCAGUCGAACUGUGACCAACUUCAGCUCAGCUCACGACACAGAUGUCUCCUUGACAACAGAUGUAUACCUGGACGAGAACCUGGAGCCUAUAGAUUACCUCAAUGCCGACUCUAUCUGGAACUUCCAUGUGUGGAACGACUGCUGGAUGGCUCGUCCAGACUUGCCCCCAGGAUAUGGUGGCUGGCAAGCUGUCGAUGCCACGCCUCAGGAGACCAGCCAGGGCACCUACCGCUGUGGCCCUGCUUCUCUCGCUGCUGUGCGCAAUGGUCAGGUCUACCUCAAACAUGACGCUCCGUUUGUGUUCGCCGAGGUAAACAGUGAUAAGAUCUACUGGCAGAGAAACAUAGAUGGGACCUUCAGUCAAAUCUUCAGUGAGAAACAGUCCGUGGGCCACUUCAUCAGCACAAAGGCUGUUGGCACUGAUGAACGCAAUGAUAUCACACACCUUUACAAAUACCCUGAAGGUUCAGAGGAGGAACGCAUUGCUGUGGAAACAGCUUGUAGCUAUGGCUCCAAAGCACAGGCAUAUUCCUCUCCCACAGCAAAGGAUGUUACUAUAGAAGUGACCAUGGAUGGUGUCGGGCCUGAAAUGGGAAGAGAUGCAGAGCUGACUAUCGUGUUGCGAAACAGUAGCUCGGAGCAACGCAGGCUCACCCUGCACAGCCAGGUGGCAGUCAUGUACUACACCGGUGUCAACAAGUCCACAGUCAGAAAGGACAGGACAGAUGUGGACGUGCUGCCCAAUGAGGUAAAGUAUUUGGAGUGGAACCUGGAGUACAAAGACUACAAGGACCAACUGAUAGACCAGGCCGCCCUGAUGCUGACGCUGUCAGGCAGGGUCAAAGAAACACAGCAGGUCCUGGCCACUCAGUUCAGUUUCCGGCUCAGGACCCCAGACCUAAUCAUAAAGCCGAUCGGGAAGCCCGUGGUAGGGGAGAAGAUGGCCGUAGAGAUUUCAUUCACUAACCCACUGCCACAGGUGCUGAAAGCCGUGGUAUUCCACGUGGAAGGACUGGGCCUCCUAACUGCUCGAAAGAUUAAUUACGGAGAUAUUGGCAGUCGUGCCUCCGUGUCUCUGAUUGAGCACUUUGUCCCCACCCUGCCCGGGCCGAGGAAAUUACUGGCUUCAUUGGACUGCAAGCAGCUCACACAGGUUCAUGGGGUGGCCGACAUCACUGUGGGGGACAAAAGUAAUGGCACUCUAUAGCGAUUUGAAAACUAAGGCACGUUUGACACUGAAUGUUAUAAAGUCUGUUUUCAUGUCAUCGAUAUUGAAAGUUAGUGUUUAGAUUUACACUACAGUGCUGCUCUAUUUAGCAGGAGAAUUUGAAAAUGACCACAGAUGGUGUUUGUGGGACAGAACCUUUUAUAUUCUAUUAAAACCAGUAUUAGCUAACACCAAACUCACAACAGGUUUUUUUUUUCUUUUCAAAGAAUUUUUUUUGGUGGCAUUUUAGGCCAAAAUUUUACAGCUUAGACAAGAAAGGGGAGAGAGAAGGGAAAUGACAUGCAGAAAGGGCCGCAGGUCGGAACCAAACCUGCGGCUGUUGCUGCGCGGACUGAGCCUCUGUAUGUGGCACGCUCUACCAGGUGAGCUACCCAGGUGCACCAACUCAAGACAUGUUAAUGUAGUCCCACUCUCUCUCCAUUGAGAUC